AUGGAGGAUGUGGUUCUUCAUUAUAAAUCUGGACCAGACCAGGACUUGUCUACUCUGAUCGGCACCACAGAGAAGCUUCUGGCUCCAUUCCCCUGUCGUCCACCGCAGGUGUUCAGUCCGUGGUUUCCCUCCAUCGUAGACCGACACCUGCCUCUGAGACCAGCCAGACCUCCUCCCAGAAUCCCCUCUACCCCUGACCCAAUACCAGAGACCAGGGGAAUAAACAGACCAACUGAAGACUCGAACCAGACCACGCCAACAAAGGGACAUGUUAAUUCCACGGAAAUCCGAGGCCUCAGUCCCAGUUUGGACCAACCAGAGGAAGACCGAGGCAUUUUGUUGGUUCCAGAGACCCCGCCAGACCCGGGUCUACAGGUCCAGACCAAACCAGAGACUCCCUCCAAACGCUGCUGGACCGUGUUCAGGCACCGAGUCCGGACUAAAGAUCAGAGCAGAGUCCAGAUACGGGUCCAGACCUCGUCCCGGCGCUUCUUGCAGACUGUGUCCAAACUGCAGCUCCAGGACAGACAGAGGGUCAAGUGGAUCAUCGACAAAAACAACUGCAGAGACAUGGAGCAGGUGUGGCGCUCCUUGUGUCGUCCCACUGCCUCCUCACUCCCAUCCUCCUGUAACGCGCACAUGAACCGGGACCAGGCUCAGAUCUGGGUCUACUGUGAUGUGGUCCAGUCUGAGGCCGUGGGUCUGACGCUCAAGCAGGAGCUGAGUCUGAGGGGGACCAUCUCACUGUGGGAGCGAAUCAAAGGACACAUCUACAGCCUGUGA